CGACUUAUCGCGGAGCUCUUCCGAUAACGUCCUUUCGGGAGACGAUAAUAUAUACUACUUAUUCCUAGAAACUACGACCUCAUGUUGUCAAUACCUUUGCUGGCCUGCAUCCUCGGCCCAUCAAUCGCAGGACAAGCCUUCGCAAGCAAUGUAUCUAUUCCCAACGACUCCCAGGAUACGGAUUCGAUCGUCCAACACAAUGCUCUUAUCGAGUCAUACCUAUCUCAGAAGCCUGUUCGCGGAGUUCAUAAGAUGACCGACGAUGAAGGCGAGAAAUUCUUCCUCGACUACUGGCUCUUCGACGAAGCCUAUACAGCAGGCAACACAUCAAACACCAAUGAUUCUUUGUCGCAAGUACAACCUUACAAUCUCGACACAACUGAGAAGGUCGACUUUCAACCUCGCUCAUAUCCCUUUCGACCCUCCUACCCGAGCGACCUCGAAGUCGAAAGGCGUGGGUGGAGUGAGCACUUCUCACCGCUUCUUCGGCGAGAAUUCAAAUGUCCUUCCGGCACCUACGGAUGCUCCUCGAUAGAUCGGCCCGAAAGCUGCUGCAGUACAAGCGACACGUGCGUUCUGGUUAACGACACAGGAUCUGGUGACGUAGGCUGUUGUCCGAAGGGAGAGACGUGCUCGGGGACAAUUGGAUCGUGCCAGGACGGAUACUCUAGCUGUUCGUCGUCUCUGGGUGGCGGAUGCUGUAUCCCAGGGUACGAAUGUGUCACCGGGGGAUGUAUGCGUGUCUUCACAAUCACGGUCACAGUAAGCUCAACCGUGAUGCUAUCGACAUCCACACACACCAUCCCUAAAACCACUGCGACGCAAACCACGGGUGAUUUGGUACCUCCUUCUCGACCUACCACUGUGUCUACCUCCACGAACUCCAAGACGACCACGACGACCAGUACGGCAUCGGUCUGUCCAACCGGGUUCUACGCCUGCUCUGCCGUCUACCAUGGAGGAUGCUGUCGAACCGGCCGCGAUUGCGAUACGACGUCCUGCCCGGUAACGCCCUCGACGACCUUCACCAGCGACGGAGUAACAAUUGUAGUCCCUGUGGCCACGACGACGGCAUCCACGACAACAACAAGCACGCCCGGGCGAUGCGCAACUGGCUGGUUCAGCUGCGCCCAAUCCGUCGGGGGAGGUUGUUGUCCGUCGGGAUACCAGUGCGGGACCAGCUGUACGGCAGUGUCAACGGCGACGGAGACCGUGGCCAAAGAGCAGGCCACUAGUGGGAGUGAUCAAUUGCGGCAGCAGUGGGGGGUGAUGGGCAUGGCUAUGAUGGUGGCCCUGGCGUUAUGAUAGAAAUGAUUUGACAUGUAGAUUAUGAGAGCAUGCAUAGCGAAAUGAUAAUGACAAUGACAAUAAC